AUGGAAAAGCCUAAAGCGUCGAAACUACCCACGUUCGACAGCUUUCGUUAUCAGGAUGUGCGCAUUGCAGGGCAGAAGGUGAGGUAUCCGGUUACGGCUUCGAAAAGGACCCGUGUGCCCGGCAAAGGAGAGACCCAACGGCCUGUGAGCAAUACAAGCCUUUUUGACGAGUACGACCUGGACAACCCCAGCGACACAGGCACGGACAUAGACUCUCUCAUCACUAAAAAGCUGCUAGAACUUUAUGCGUUGCAUCAGAUCGACCAGCUGGCCAAAUGCACAUCGGAUUCAUCCUUCUCGCGCAAAACCAACGAGAUCAGCGAGCUCAUCUACAGCAUUGCGCAGGACUAUAACCUGGAGGAGCAAGAGGCUGAGUGCAAACUGGUGCAUGGAGUUAUUCGCAUCAGCACGAGGAAGGGGAAGAGGAACAAGAGUCAGGCACUAUCUUCAGGGCCACGCGCCAAUGGGAGGACAGGCACCGACGGACUGAUCCCGGACAGCGGCAAUGAGACCAUGACCAACACCUUCAGCAGUGACUUUCCAGAGGUGAAAGUGUCGGAAGAGACGCCAUCGGACGAGCUGGCCCGGAAAAUGAGGCUCUGCAGCGGGAAGACGUAUUCAUCGUACACGGGCUACUCUCCAUACAACCAGCACAAUACAGACUCUUCAGGAGCCCCUCUCCUGCUCAUCUGA